CGGGCACGGGGACUUGUAGCCCGGCCAGGACACUCAGAGACGGCAGGAGCCCAUGACUCCCAGACUGUGACGGUAUAAAAGCCUGGAGAUUCCUUUCUUUAGGGCACCUUCUCAGAGGUACCCAAGUCAGACUGUUAUUUUGUUAAUUACUGCACCAAGAUUAAAUUAUUUUAAUGAUCUCGAAGUCUGAGACCCUGCUAUGGGAAACUUAGGGCACAGCUGGCAAGGAAACCUGGUCUGACUGUGAGUGUGGGGGGUGUAGCUGUGAAGGUGCCUCGGUCAGAGGUGGUGUGAGUGACUGCCGCUGUGGCUCCUCGAUGGUUGCACAGAGAAGUUUCCUUAUCACACAGAUGUGUGUAGUGGAAGUUGGUAAUUAAAAAUCACCUAAUUAUUACACUACCCUAUAUAUUGCAUCAGUACCUGAUGUGGUAUUAUCUGAUAUCCUGGGGAGGGAGAAAUACAGGCUCUGCCUGUCCCUUUCCCUAUCCCAAAACUCAGAAAAAUUGCGUGGCUAAGGAAAUAGCUUUACUGAUUUAUAGCAGUAGAAGGUACUGUGCCAGUAUUCAGAAGGUUAAAUAUACACUGCUUUUUUUCCAGGUUAAACAUAAAAUCCAGGUUGACCUGGCAUUGUCCUGGAAGCAAAUUGUCACGUCUUAGGGUUUCUGUGACUUCUUCUGACUCUUCUCCCUAGAGUAUUCCCAAAGCACCUGGUGUAGAACUAGCCACAAAGAUGUUUACGUAUUCGUAGUUCAGUUUGGCUGAAAUGUCCCAGGGAUUGCUGUGCAUUUCCUUCCAACAAAUAGCUGCUUUUACUGUUUUGUUUUCAUUCUCAAUCUCAAGAACACUUUGCCUGACUUUAUUAGCUGCAGGCAGUGCUCUUAGUGGACAAGCUGGCAUAUGUUUGGUCCUUUGGUUCUCUCUAAUUGGUGGUGUAAUUUUUUUUUCCAGUAAUUUUUCCUUAAGUGACUUAAGGCUUAUUUUUACUUCAGAGUACAAUUAUCAAGAGAUAUGCUUGAAAUAAUGUAAGGAAAGCCCCUGUCCUGAGCUGCUGUCUUGUGUGAAGAGUCAGAGCAGCAUGUAGCAGCUGCAGAGCUAUACUGACAAGCAGCAUGCACAGGCCCAUGUUUCUCUUGCUGUGUUCUCUCUGGUUGUGUGUCACUUCAAGUGGAGUUCUCCCAAGGAUAGGUCACAGCACAGCUAAUUUGAGACUUGGCUUUACUUUCAAGUGGUUAUGUUCUCUUUCAGACGUGCCCUUUAAACAGCUGCUUUAUCAUUGACCUAACUUGGAAACUAAUCAAGCACCAAAUCCAGCCUUGUGCCUGAUGAUGUUAUGGGAACCAGGCUCCAGGCUCCCUGGUGAUUCCGUGGGUCUAGCCUAGGUCACUGAAUAGAGCUCAAGAUGGUGUCAGAUAUUCAUAUCAGCAAAUUUCGGGAUCCCAAACGAGCUCCUGACUUUGAGAAAUUUUGUUCAGAAACAAUUGAUGUAAUUCAGCCAGCACUUGUUCUAGCAACAGGUGAUCUGACAGAUGCUAAGACGAGAGAUAAACUGGGAUCUGAGCAGGUAGAAGAUGAGUGGAAAACUUAUCAGUCAAUCCUGAAGAGAUCAAGGGUCCUGGAAAAAACCAAGUGGAUAGACAUUAAAGGGAAUCAUGAUUCAUUCAACAUUCCACGCCUGGAUAGUGUUCAGAAUUAUUACAGGAAAUACUCUGCCUGGCAUAAAGAUGGCUCUUUCCAUUACAUCCACACUACCUCUUUUGGGAACUAUUCAUUCAUCUGCGUGGAUGCCACACUCAGCCCAGGCCCUAAAAGACCCUAUAAUUUUUUUGGGAUUUUAAACAUGAAUCAAAUGGCAGAGCUGUCUCUGAUGGCAACAGAAAGUCUACACAGCAACCAUACUAUCUGGUUUGGCCACUACCCCACCUCCACAAUCAUCUCCCCAUCCCCUGGAAUACGAACACUAAUGAGUUCUGCCACAGCCUAUUUAUGUGGACAUCUCCAUACAAUGGGUGGGCUGAUGCCAGUCUUGCACAGUCAACACCGUGGUGGCACUCUGGAACUUGAAUUGGGAGACUGGAUGGAUAAUAGGAGAUACAGGAUCCUUGCGUUUGAUCAUGACCUCCUCAGCUUUGCAGAUCUCAACUUUGAAGAGUGGCCUGUAGUUCUCAUCACCAAUCCCAAAUCCUUCCUUUACAGCAGUGCUACUCAUGAACCACUAGUCAAAAUUCUUUAUUCCACUCAUAUCAGAAUUCUGGCAUUCUCUCCUUCUGUCAUUAUCUCUGUCAAAGUCUACAUAGAUGGAGUUCACCUGGGGAAUGCACAUCAGGUGUCUGGCCCUCUCUAUGUGCUGAAGUGGAGCCCACAAAACUACAGUGAAGGGUUCCAUCACAUAGAUGUGACUGUCCAGGAUGCUUCAGGAAGAAUUGGCACACGGGGCCAUUUAUUUGGUAUGGAAGAAAACCUCUCUCUUAGAUUUGACUUUUGGUCAUCUGUUAUUCUUCUCACUGACCACUAUGUUCUAGCCCGAGUGCUCUUUGGACUGAUUGUGCUGAUUCAGAUUACCUUACUUGUUGUUUUCCGACACCUCCAAAAGCCAGCACUCAAAGGAAAGCUGGGAUUACUUACUCUGACUUCAUAUUCUCUUCAUGUCUUCAGUAAAACAAACACCUUCUAUUACUCAAUUCUGUUUCUGAAUUUAUACACCAUUCUGGGACCAUGGUUUGUAGGUGAACUGAUAGAUGGCCAGAUGGGGGCCUGUUUUUCCUUUGGAGUGUUUGUUGGUGGUUCCUUCUUACAGGGCAGUAUGACAUUUGUGGUUGGGAUUUUACAGAUGAUGUUUUUCAACCUGCCAUUGAUGGCCUAUCUGUGCUGGUGCCUGCUGCUGCGCUGCCAUGGCCACAGCUUCCGUUCCCACCUCCGCCACGCCGGCCGCCUCGUGGCUGUGCCUGUUCACCUGGCCAUGGUGCUGCUCCUGGCCUGGCAGGUCUACUCCUGCUACUUCCUGCAGCGCACAUACGGCACCUUGGCCUUCUUCCUGUCCCCAAUGAGAACGUGGCUGCUGCUGCUGACCGCAGCUCUCAUUUAUAAAACCUGGACGCUGAAAUCGUCACAGCUCAGAACUUACAUAACAGAGAUAAAAAACUGUCAAAGCUCCUGAAGUACAAUAUAAGUACUCCAAAUUCUGGCUUAAAAACUCUCAAGGUACAACCUUAGCAUUUUGUGAUGCUGGAAUUUCAUACACACCACCGUUAAGUGGUAAGACCCAAAGCUGCACCUGCACUGCUACAGAACUGUAUUAAAUAGUUAAUGUACAAUAUGUUAUACACACUUUCCUUCUAUUAUACAACAUACUGUAUAAUACAUGUUAUAUAAUACAGUUAUGGAUUAUACAUCAGUACAGUCAACUUUGGAAUAAUCUCAUCAAUGAGGUUUUUUUAGUGAUACAGAGAUAGAUAUGUCCACAUGGAUCACAAAUGGAAAUGUUUGCCUAUUACUACUGUGAAUAGAAAAAUAAUUAAUUAUUGAUUUUUAUAAUGCUGCAAAAUAUGAGCAUAGGACCUGAUGAGCUUCUGGAUUUGUGAUUCCUUGAUUUUUAUUUCAGGGUUGACAUGUGUUUUUACAAGACUAGACCAGAUGUCUUUAUGAAGUAAUAGUGAUUGCAAAGGUGCUGUAGUAAUCUUCACAGCCAGAGUCCUAUGCCCAUACAUGUUUUCAGUUCAUAAUGCUGUAUACAAGCAGAUCAUAGGUGUGUGUAUGUAUUUGUGUUCAUGUUUACCUGAGUUGUGGCCUAUAGCUCUUGCCCUGGGAGUGCUGGCUAACUAACAGGCUCACUCUCUGGAAGGAAGGAGUUUCAUUUUGCACUACUAAGGUUGCCAGUCCUCCCACCCAUGACUGGUGAAAGGACAGUGAAUUAUCAGUGGUGCUGGGGUUUUCAGCUUCAAAGCAAAGAAUAGAGACAAUAGCCUCAGGGUGGGAGAGACUGUAGGAAUACUAUGGUCUGAUGCCUAUAAAGUCUGUAAUUUCUGUUUUUCUGGGUCUCAGCUGUGUUUCUGGGUCUUGGCCAAAUGCACCAAAGAGUGACCUAAGAAAACUUAUUUCUUUGUUUUCACUUUUUUCCUAAGUUCAAAAAUUAUAGAACAAUUAGUUACAAUAAUGAAGAAUGUGAUGAUCCAGAGCCAAGAAAGCUGAGGUGCCUUGAUCUGUAAAGAGCACUGCGUUGCUUCACAAAAGACCAGCUGUGAGUGGAACAUUUAAAAUACUUUAGGUAAUUUUACAGUAACUUACUUAUGGCUUCUCAAGAAAAAAGAGGGCUAAUUUAUUUAUGGUCCCUUUGGAAAAAACCAGCAGCAACUGUAGUAGAACACAGAAAAAUAAAUCAGAAGAAAAUAUUGAUUACAACAAGGACUUUUGUUAUUUCUAACAGGCAACAGUUUUCUUGUUCCUUCAUUUCUGUUCCUCAAUGAUAUAGGAAAAUAGUAAUGUGAUACUACUAAUAAUGUAAUGUCUUCAAUGUAAUAGGAAAAAGAGCAAGCACCCAUUUACAUGAGGUAAAUACACUGUUAAGAGAAUAAAGAAUGUAAUUUGUUGCUACAAAAGUUUGUUUUGCAAAGCUGUUAAAAAAUCAGGGAUGACACAAAAUUUAUUUGUGAGAUACAAUACUGAAAACUUGAUAAUAAAAUGACAUUUCACAAUUAAA